AUGGUUUAUCGCGGGAAACCCAGUGCGGCCUGUGCCUGGUGUCGAAGCCGCCGCCUUAAGUGCAACCAGAAACGGCCCUCGUGUUCAUCCUGCCUCAGAGCUAAGCGCGUCUGCUCCGGAUAUCGGGAUCUAGCGGCCCUUAGCUUCCACGAUCAGACUGCCGAAGUCGUCGGAAAAGCUCAUCGCCGUCUACAAUGGCAACCUGAAUGCAUCAACUCUUUCUCUUCGAGAAAGCAGUCAAAUCCUGUGUCACCCUCCGAUGCGGAAUGCUCUGCGGACAGACGCCCCGCUGCCACUGCGCUUAUGCUGCAGUCAGUCUCGACUCCAAUCGCCGAUCAAGGAAUCGCUUACGUCCUCACCUAUCAUGUGGGUCCCGCCGACCGUUCAGUCUCAGGGCACCUGUCAUUCUUACCGUCCUUGUUACGACAAGAGUCAAGCCCUGCCAUUAUGGCGUCUAUCAAUGCUAUGGGUCUGGCAGCGCUAGGUAACAUUCACAGCAGCCCCCAGCUCAUUCGUGAAGCGCGCCAAAAUUAUACUACAGCACUGUCAAAGACAAACACUGCAUUACAAGACACUGCCACAGCAAAGUCCGACGCCACACUCGCUGCUGUUCUUAUAUUGGGACUCUAUGAAAUAAUCACCUGUCAAAGUCGCGCCCUUAUGGUACGCUGGGUAGAUCAUAUUGAAGGAGCGAUGGCCCUCAUCAGGCUACGGGGCCCGGAGCAGCUGCAGCGCCCCGUUGGAUUCGACCUGUUCAUGCAAUUGCGCGGCCAAUACACUUUGAGCAAUCUUUAUCGCAAAAAUCCCACUCCUGCAUGGCUUGUGGCCUUGUCAGAGGAGACAAUUGGCAUGCGAAGCCCGCAGCUGUCCUCAACGGAACCGUUCUUCAAGUAUCUUGCCCAGGUCAGUGAUUUGUUUGCCCAAAUCGGCCGCAAAGCAGAGAAGUCCCCCAUAGCUAUCGUACAAGAAGCACUGCAGUUGGAUGCCUUGCUAGCUGCGUGGGCCUUGACAAUCGACCAGUGCUGGCAAUACACGGUGCUCGACGCAGCCGCCGGCGGGAAGGAUCAGCCUGCGGCUCAACAUGUUUUCGGACAUUUUUAUCACACGUACCCCGAAGUGGGGGUCGCCGUGAUAUGGAAUACUUACCGAAUGACGAGGAUCGUGAUUCAUGAACUAAUCGCCGCUGUGUGUGAGCGGCUGUUGCGUCGAUCCAGGGGCAAAAACCAUGAAUAUUGGUCGACCAUUUGCCGGAGCGCGGCAAUCACCCGCCAGCUAUCGGAGGAAAUAUGCGCCAGUGUCCCUUAUUACUUUGGCCCGAAUCAGCCUACUGCAUCGCUGAUUGAGGCCUCAGGUCUGAUUCGUCUACACUGGACGCUCUUUGUUGCCUCGGAUUGCGUUGGAAGCACACCACGCAUGAAGGCCUGGAUCCUGCAACGCUUGGAUGAGAUUGGCCGACGGACAGGAGUGCAACAGGCCUUAGCUAUGACGGAAUACCUCCUUGGAGAAGUAUCUCUCAAUUGGCUGAAGAAGGAACUCCAGGCUCUUGAUAAUGUGCAGGACGCAGGCCAUGGUUGCAUUCCUUUUGCACCUGGGAUGCUAUCCAACUUCUACGAGAAUGAACCGUGA